CUUCCAGCGUGCGCCGACGGACAAGCCGGCAUUCACGCUGGCCCAGAUCAAGAAGGCAAUCCCGCCUCACGCUUCCAGUGCUCGGUGAUCAGGUCCUUCUCCUAUGUGGUCUAUGACCUUGUCAUCAUCGCGUCCCUCCUGUACGCCGCGUUGGUCUGGAUCCCAGCACUCCCGAGCAUGCAACAGCUGGGCGCCUGUCCGCUCUACUGGGUCGUGCAGGGCUGCGUCAUGAACGACAUCUGGGUGAUCGCCCACGAGUGCGGCCACCACGCCUUCUCCGACUACUUGCUGCUCGACAACAUGGGUUACAGAUGCCACAAGGCUUGCAUAACAAGGGUGGAUUCCCUGAAAGGGGAGGCUUGCCAACCAAAAGUUCACAGGUUGUUGAUUAUCUAUAGCCUACUCUGCUACGCAGUGAUCCAACCAUUUUUUCUUCUCUUGCUGCCCUGGUUGUGCUUCUUCCUUCUGGUAAUGCACUGCUCCUUAGCUUCUUUCUUUGUAUUUCUUAUGAGUGUUGCGUUUUGCGUAUGCUGCUCCCCCUGUGUGCAUAUACCAUGGGCUGUUCCCUUGUGUGCUGAUGAUGGAUUAGCUUACAAUCAGAUUCGUGUAAUGGAGCUAAAAAUAUAUUGGCUGGUUGUAUCUCUUAGUUUGGCAGAAAGCAUAGCAUAUCAAAUUGAUCGGUGACCAUCUUCCUCAGUUUCUGCAUAUUUAUUAUUGGGAAGAGAACCAGGCUACUCAUCGAUUAAUAAAAACUUUAUAGCUCUAUUCUCCUUCAAAUCAUUUCUUUAGUAUUAUUCUCUUAGAUUAAAGGUAUUAUUGUGAUGUUGUCCUGUUGUUCUGUAUGUAUUGGAUGGCCAUUCAGACAUGUUUUAAUGCGCUGAUAGAUAGAUGUGCUUUAUGUUUGCAUAGUUGUUCCUGUGUUCUUGCCUUUUUGUCUGUGUUUGUUUUGCAGGUUAGACGAAAUGCUCUGUUCCUAGACCUGCAUCUCGUUUCUGCUCCUCAAGAGCUGGUGUCCACGCCUUCAUCAUAGCUGGUGUCCACAUGUUCAUCAGAGAUCGUGUCCACGGCUUCAGCGGAGCUGCUGUCCACACUUUCAUCAGAGCUAAUGUUCACGGGAUCAUCCAUGCGAGCACUAGCGGUGCUACGUGUUACAAAAAGAGGCCACGGCGUCCCGCCGGUAGCAAAUGAAGUGGAGGAUUGAGAGUAGGCUGAGCUGUGAGAGAAAAAUAGUGGAUUCCUUUGUACUGGCACGCCCACCUUUGACAGUGUAGCUCCACCACUGCAUGCGAGCUCCCCUCAUGCUCAGCCGUGGUGGAAGCCUAAAACAACAUAGAUUAUCAAUCAACACAGACUAAUCAAGUCACAUUACUGUGACGAUGUGUAAAUCUGCCAGAGGUUUUGAAUGGGACUUCACACCACCAAAUUAGAAUGUGUACAAGACACCAUUUUUUCGACUAAAGGAGAUUAUGUUUAUUAUAA